AUGCUGAAAGGCAUAGCAGCUGGAAAAGGCGUGUGCAUCCAUCGGCUUCACCCUGAGAGACGAGGCAGGUGAUCUGGGUGUUUUUCAACAUCUUCCUUUCAUUGAUUGAGGGCUAGAUCUGUGUUGUGUAAACCAUGUUGUUUAGAGCCCCACCUAGGCCAACUGAGAUAAACGAGCAAAACCUCAUACCAUAGGGACCACCUGAACUAGGGCUGAAAGCUCUGAACUAGGUAGACUUUAGACAGCAUUUGGGCUGCUUUGCUUAGAGAAAAGGCAAGCAAAAGGCCCAUAUAUUUUAAAAAUCAUGCAUGACGUGGCAAAGAAAAGUUUCUCUUCCUCUCUCAUGAGGCUAGAACUAUGAAGAUGGAAGUUGUUCUGCUUGCAGACUUCACAACAGGGCAUCUGGUUGAUCAGUCUGAGAAUAGGGCUGCAAAAGAUGGAACUUUGACCGGCCUGGUUCAUCAGGAUCCAUAAAAAAGAAUUCACUUGUUUUAUUAUGUAUUUAUUUUUUACCUCAACUUUUUCCCUGACAGGGACUUAAGACAGCUUGCAGAUAAAAUAAGAACAGCUAUAAACACAAGGGGGGAACCAUUUAAAAACAAACAUUAAUUAAUUUUUUAAAUAAAAAACAACAACAGAGCAUAGGAUCAUAGAGUUGGAAGGGACCCUGAGGAUCAUCUAGCCCAAGGAUUCCCAAGCUUAGGUCGCCAGCUGUUUUUGGACUACAGUUCCCAUCAUCCCUGACCACUGGUCCUGCUAACUAGGGAUGAAGGGAGUUGUAGUCCAAAAACAGCUGGAGACCCAAGUUUGGGAAACCCUGACCUAGUCUCAGGGUGUGUUAUAACCAUAUAACCUGACCCCCUAUGAGGGUUAAAACAAAUUGUAGUCACACAGGCAUAAAGUAGGUUCCGAAAACAAACAUUUCAGAUGUGAAAUGCCAGGGCAAAGUGGUGCGUAUUCAGCAUUCACCAAAAGCUGUACAGUGAAGUUGUCAGAUGCAUCUCUGUGGGGAGGGAGGACUUAGGGGGUGCCGCAGAGAAGGCCUUCUCCCAGGCUACAACAACUCAAACUUCUGAGGGUGGUGGAAAUAUCCAUAGGACCACCUCUGCUGAUCUUAACUGCCUAAGGGAGUCCCUUAAAUAUUUGGAAGAAGAACAAAAGAAGAGCCUGCUGUAUCAGGCCAAUGGCCCAGAGAGUUUAGCAUCCUGUUCUCACAGUGGUCCACCAAAUUCCUCUGAGAAGCCCUCAAGCAAGACCUGGACGCAAGAACACUCUACUCUCUCCUGCGGCUUUCAGCAACUGGUAUUCAGAAGUCACUCCCUCUGAAUGUGGAGGCAGAGCAUAGUCAUCAUGACCACUUUGUCCCCAGGGAAGAGUUGUUAGUUAUCCUUUUUGGCAAAAUGUGGUUACGUCUUCCCUCCUCUCCUGUAACCUCAAUGUAGUAAAUGCUGCUGACUGAGCAUCCCGGUGAUUAUAUAAGCACAACUAGAUUUGUAGAGAGAUUACAUGUUGUAUUAAAUGCUUCUUAAGCUUUUUUUCUGUAUUUCGAAAACUCUUCUGAUCACUACAUUAGCUAUCUUUUGCUUCAGAAGCCUGGGCAAGGCGGACUUCUGAAAAGUGAAUGAAUACACCGGGCAGAAGAAUCUCUGUAAUAUAUAAACAAGGGGGGGGUGUCUACAAAAGUGUCCCUGUUAUCAUUUGUGUCUUUAAGCAUGUGUACAGUUGGUGAACAGAGGAAGUUGCCAUUGGUCCAUCAAGCUCAAUAAUUUCUUUACUGAUUGGCAAUGCUGUCGAGGGUUACAGACAAGGGACAAUCCCAGCCCUAGUUGGAGAUGCUGGAUAUUGAACCCAAGGUCUUCUGCAUUCAAAACAGAUAUUCUAUUACAGAGCUAUGGCAUUUCCCUGAAAAAUAAUUGUAAGGUUACAGUUCUCCUGGUACUGAACAUAUAGGAACAGAGGAAGAUACCUUAUACUGAGUCUUAUCAUUGGUUCAUCUAGCUCAGUAUUGUAUACUCUGAUUGGCAGUGGCUGUCCAGUGUUUUAGACAGGGGACAUUCUCACCCUGGCUGGAGAUGCUAGAAAUUGAACCCAAUACCUACCUACCUACCUACCUACCUACACCCACCCACCCCAUGAGUGCCAACUGCCUGGGGCCCUGGGUGCCUGAGCAACCACAAAAUUCCCAAUCUAUGGACCAGACAGCCACAAAUUUCGAUGACAGGGCCAUGCAUCCUGCACGGCACCCAUGGCCUGUGCACCCAUGGUUGUGGGGCCAGGUUGGCACUCCUCUCUCUCACACACACAUUUCUUCAUUCUUUUCUAUACCUGUCUUUCUUUCUCUCCCUAGUAUAUACUCUCUCCUUCGCUAUCCCUUUCUUAUAAACUGUAUUUUAAGAAAUUUCUAUUCAUUGAUACAGUUUAUAACUAGAAUUUGCAGCCCAGAGCAAAACAGGCUGUUAGUUAACCCGCUGCAACAUUUUACAUGAUUCUUGAAUAUAUGUGUGCGAUGUGGCGCGAUAUCUCCUUGCAGCCCAUGUUUAAGAGAUGGCUUGCUUGUUUGUUGUAGAUUUGAAAUGCAGUGUUGGUUAGAAUUGGUAGGGUGCAUUAUCGAGAAAUCCAUUUGCAGCCAACACCGUCUGCCGGUGUGGUGCAGUGGUUAACAUGUGGGACUAAGACCUGGGAGAUCAGGGUUCGAAUCACCCCUCAGCCACUGGUGAGCCCACUGGGUGACCUUGAGCCCAUCAGUACCUCUCAGCCUAACUUACCUCACAGGGCUGUUGCUGGGAUUUAGUGAGGAUGGGUAAUAUACAUGUAUACCACCUUGAGCUCCUUGGAGGAAAAAAAUGGGAUAUAAAUGCCAAAAAAGAAAUGAUCUUCCAUUUUCUGCCUUCCCUCAUUUCUCUCUGAUAUUAUGCCGGAACACCCUUUUUCUUCUGCCACUUCAUGAGCCAUACACCCCAUCAAUAUUAUACAUCACUGAUCAGAUGUUAGCAGCAUCCAUUAUGCUAUACAACAGCUUGACCUUCAGUGAUUUAAUAGUCAGUGUUUUUUUGGCUCAUUGGGUCAAAGAUAUAUAUUUUUAAAGAGACUGCAAACACCCUAGAAAAUGGGUGCAUUCAGUAGUGGGGAUUAUAGUGUUCAUUUCCCUGGUUAUAAUGUUAGUGGUUCUGCUGUCAUGAAUAGUAUGAAAUAUAUGGUGGAAUACUGCCCCAUAUAUCAUUUCAUGACACAAUCCAUGAAAAUCAGGGGGAAAUUGCAGUGCAAAACUCUUGUGGUUUUGCAGGUUCACGAGGUUGCAAAUUGAUUUUUUUCUGAAAACAGUUAACACAGAAAUGAGGCUAAACUUCCACUAUAUUCCACUGGAUUUCCAGGAGUGAUUUUUGUUGCAUGUGGCAGAUCACAUAAAAUGUGGACAUCAGGUAAGGAAACAAUGGAGAAACAUAAUCAAUGGUAUCUGAAUGUAUCUUGUGUCAACACUGAGUGUAGAUUGGCCCGCUGUCCAGUGAGUGGUGACUUGUGUCUGUUUACCGGUGUGGAAAUGGGAAAAAAAACUGAAUUAAAGAUUAGAAAAAAUGAGAAACUGAGAGAAACCAAAAUGGACAGAUUUUUCCAUCUCUGUAGGUAAUGGAAGUGAAACAUAUACAAAAAUUGUUCAGAUCACAAACAGGCUGAUUUUGAGAAUGUAGGAAGAUCUCUGCUGUAUUAGACCAAAGAUCAAUCUAGGCCAGCAACCUUUUCUGCACAAAGAACAUCUAGAUGCAUCCAAGAAAUCUGCAAACAGAGUAGCCCUCUACUACUGUUGAAUCCUAGCAAACAGUAUUCAGAGACAUGCUGUCUCUGAUCUUGGAGGUAGUAUAUAUGUCCAUAAUGAUUUCUGGGCAUUGAUAGUCAUAUUAAAGGUAAAGCUAAAGGGACCUCUGACAGUUAAGUCCAGUCGCGAACGACUCUGGGGUUGAAGUGCUCAUCUCGCUUUAGAAUCCGAGGGAGCUGCCGUUUGUCCGCAGACAGUUUUUCCGGGUCAUAUGGCCAGCAACGUAACACUGACACCAGAGCAGUGCACAGAAACGCCGUUUACCUUCCCAUCAGAGCAGUACCUAUUUAUCUACUUGCACUUUUUGGCGUGCUUUCGAACUGCUAGGUUGGCAGGAGCUGGGACUGAGCAACGAAAGCUUACCCCAUCGGUAGGAUUGGAACCACCGACCUUUUGAUUGGCAAGCCCAAGGCCCAGUGGUUUAGACCACAGUGCCACCCGCGUCCCAUGCUAGUCAUAUUAUCCUCUAUAAAUUUGUCUAGCCCCCUUUCAAAGUUGUCUAAGUUGGUGACCAUCACUACUUCUCAUGGAAGCAUGUUCCAAAAUUUAACUAUGUACUGGGAAAUAUUUAGUUUCCUUGAAUGACCCCAUUAGGUUAUGGACAAAAUAGGGAGAGUGAUUAUAUAUAUAUAUAUAUAUAUAUAUAUAUAUAUAUUCAUUCCAAGGCAGGAUCCCAAACAUUGGGACCUUCCCUGAUAAUUAGGGACAAUUGGAGCAAGCAAGGCAUGUGAUUCCACAUUUGGAACAGUGUGCAAAGUGUUUACACAGAUGUUCAUAGGUUGGACUUCUUUCCACUUAAGGUAUUAAGACCAAGAGUUCAUAACCUCAAUUUGGCAACCUUGUUGGGUGGAGUCCAUAGUGUGCUGAGUCGCAGGAAAAAAAAAAGUAAACACAAUCAAUAAGGUGAUUAUUCCUAUCGGCUUGAUAAUCAACCACUGGAGAGUAUGGGGAGUGGGUGAUUACUUAAGAGCAAUUUCCAUGGAGGUGUCAAUGGAUUAAUUCACACCCAAAAGUGUGUCAUACUCACCUGGUGGUGGAUGAAACUGUAUAAAAAGGUCGGCACCCAAGGACUGCCUUCAUCAUCUCUCUUGACUCUUUCCAUCCUCCAAUAACAAGCACAGGUAAGUCAAAGCGGGUGUCUUUCAAAGCUGAUAUUGCAAUUGAAAUGAAUUUGGAGAUGAAUGAACCUCUUCAAGGUGGUUCUCUCAGCUUGAUUAUGCCCACAUUUAAUGUUGCUUGAAUCUGAAUUUUGAUCCUAGGAACAUGAGAAACUGCCUUUGUGCUGUUCAGACCAUUGGUCCAUCUUAGCUCAGUGUGAGCUUUACUGAGUAGCAACAGGGGUUGCGGCUGAAAAGCAUUCCCAACCCUACCUGGAGAUGCUGGAGGACAAACCUGGGAACUUCUGCAUGCAAAGCAGAUGAUGGCUGUGCAAUGUCUCCAUGGUUGGAAGCACUAAAGCUUCUGUUUGCUGCUUGCUGGAAACUGCAGGGGGGAGGAGUGUGCUUUUGUGCUCUGGUCUUGCUUGUGGGCUUAUCUUUAGGGCAUCUGCUUGGCAACUGUGUGAGCAGGAUGUUGGACUAGGUGGACUAUUGGCCUAAUCUAGCAGCCAGGCUGUUCUGAUGUUCUUAUUGGUAACGAUUAGGGAGGACUCUUGCAUUCAUGCUCUCCCUAUGGGAUUCCUGGAGAAAUCUGAUUGGCCACUGUGAGAAAAAGGAUGCUAUACUAGAUGGGCCAUUGGCCUUUUCCAACAAGCUCUUCUUAUGGUCUUAUGUCCUUAUGUUCUGCCCAUCUGCUAAACAUUAUGAAUCAAGGAAACAGAUGCAAGUAUUUCUAGAGGGUGGGGAAACUUAAAAAGUUGGCAAAUUUGCCAAUGUUAAGUUAGAACUUAUCAACAAGAUUAUGGAUUCUUUUGAAAAUGUUCUUUUCAAGCUUGAUUUCCACACAUAUGGGCCUCUCCAUUCCUGUGGAGCAGUAGAAGGCUUCUCCUCAGGUUAGAACUCUGAGGCUGUGGAGGCUGCGGAGUGGAAUUUGCCACCAGGGUUGCCUUCAGGUUUUGGUGGGCCUUGGAACAAAAUAACCCACCUAAAGCCCCUUGUCUCAGUAUCAUCUUGCUUCCAGCAAGUGCAGUGACCACCUGCUGGAAGUCUCCAUAGGAGGUGGCGUUCUACCAAGCCAAGUCAUUGGUCCAUCAAGCUCAACAUUUUCUCCAUGGACUGGCAAGAAAUCUCUGGGAUUUCAGACAGGAGUUUGUCCCAACCCUACUUACAGAUGCUGGGGGUUGAAUCUUCAGCCUUCUGCAUGAUAUUCAGGAGUUCUACCACUGGCACUUCCCAUCGACAUUACCAGUUAGAGAAGCAGUUAGAAGAAAGUUCUCUCCGCAGAUGGAGGCCCUCUGCAGGUGCCUAUGCCCCUCCUUGGGACCAGUCCUGCCUCCCAGCCUUACUGUUGCAAUUCUUUUGUUUUUAAGUUCUUAUCCAUAUGCAAUCUCCUCUUGCCUAUAUAGUGUAACAGAGAAGCACAGCUAUAAGCAAGUCAUAAAAAGGAUGCAGCAGGGGAAAGAAUGAAUGAUUCAGAACUCCAAAAUAUCUUCUAAGCUGGCAAGUAAACUAGGGAGGAAAGGAUUCCCUUGUCCCUUUGGUGUAACAUGGAUUCUUUCCACAUUGCAAUAGACUUCUCUCAAGUUCUGAUUUAAUAUGGAGAAUUUAUAGAAAUAAUAAUAAUAAUAAUAAUAAUAAUAAUAAUUUUAUUAUUUCUACCCCACCCAUCCAGCUGGGUCUCCCCAGCCACUCUGGGUGGUUUCCAACAGAAGGUUAAAAAUACAUUAAAACAUCAGUUAUUAAAAACUCCCCUAAACAGGGCUGCCUUCAGAUGUCUUCUAAAUGGCAGAUAGUUGUUUAUUUCUUUGACAUCUGGUGGGAGGGCGUUCCACAGGGAGGGCGCCACUACUGAGAAGGCCCUCUGCCUGGUUUCCUGUAACUUCGCUUCUCGCAGUGAGGGAACCGCCAGAAGGCCCUCGGAGCUGGACCUCAGUGUCUGGGCAGAAUGAUGGGGGUGGAGAUGCUGCUUCAGGUAUACUGGACCGAGGCCAUUUAGGGCUUUAAAGGUCAGCACCAACACUUUGAAUUGCAUUCAGAAAUGUACUGGGAGCCAAUGGAGGUCUUUCAAGACCAGUGUUACGUGGUCUCGGCAGCCGCUCCCAGUCCCCAGUCUAGCUGCCGCAUUCUGGAUUAGUUGUAGUUUCUGGGUCACCUUCAAAGGUAGCCCCACGUAGAGCGCAUUGCAGUAGUCCAAGUACUUACUUGUGCGUUGCAAGUAAUCCAAUAUUGGAAUGCCUAAUUUGCUGCAGAUGGUACUUCCUUUGCAUUAUCCCUCUCCACAUCCAAAGUGCAUGUGUGCAUUGCUAAAUUAUUGCAAACAAAUAAAACAACAAAACACAGUCUAACCGCAGGCUCAAUUACAUCAAGAUUCUUUUUGUACAUUGUUGUCACCAAUGAGCAAAAUUUGCUGCUGCACCUUGAGAAAACGAUGUACACAAAGGCACUUGAUCCAACCCCAUUAAACUGACCCUAUUUCUGUGUGGGGUUUGAUGCAUAUCCACCCUUAAAGGAAGGGUGGGAAACCUGAGUGAACUAAAUGAUGUGUAAAAAUUGCACACACAACAAUACAAUAUAUAAUUUGAGAUCAAUAGAAGAGCAGUGAUUAAUUCUCAUUUCGCUGGAACUUCUUGCAAAACAAGGUGAGUUUAUUGGGGACUCAGAAAUCCAGAGAAAAAAUUCAGAGAAGGGAUUGUUUCUCAGAGUUGCAUGUGGAAGGACCUGGGUUCAGUCCCCAACAUCUCCAGGUUGGGCUAGGAUAACCAUUGUCGGAAACUCUGGAGAGGUGCUGCCAAUCAGUGUGGACAACAUUGAGUUCGAUGGACAGUGGUCAGACUUGAUGUAAGGCAGUUUCUUAUGUUAAAAAGAACAUAGCUCAGUGGCAUUACAAUGUCCUCAUGGAAUGAAUCUCAGUAGUAGCAUCUCAGCAUCUUCAGGAGGAGCUGGGAAGGCUAUUGUUAUGGAAAUACUGGAGAGCCAUUGCCAAUCAGUGUAGUUCAGCCUUCACCAACCUGGUGCCUUACAGAUGUUUUGGACCUCAACUCCCAUCAACUCAGUUGGGCACAAUCAUUCCAGCUGGGGCAAAUGUGAGUUGAAAUCCAUAACACCUGGAAAGGAUUAGGUUGCAGCAGAUUGCUUUGGACCGAUGGUCCCAUUUAGUAUUAAGCAGCAUCUUAUGACCUUUCCUAAAUUUUGGGUAUGGAAAGUUGUGGGGGCAUCCCUCAUGUCAAGACAUUGCAUGCACCAAUAUUGAAUGUGUUUUGACCCAAAUGAAUGUGUGUGUGUGUGUUCAGUUCCAUAUACAUGAUUGAAAGUGGAGUGAGUUGGCUUGUUAACCCUAGAUCAUAACAUACUGAGAGACUACCUUAGCAGAACACGCACAAUGAAAACCUUGCAUUCUGAAAGCUUUCUAAGUAUGUUUCUGGCAAAAGUGAUUGAUCUAUGUUGACUUGUUUGCUAUUUAGAUGCAACACGUCCUCCUUGGUUUUAAUAUUAUGUGGAGGAGCUUGCCAUCACCCAAAACGGUACAAUCACUUCUGUGAGAAACAGUUUUGACUAUACAAAAUACAGAUGCAGAUGAUGCUUUCUGGAACGAGAUAUGAGCUUUGCAUGCUUAGAAUCCUCACCUCAAAGAAAAUAAGGUUCCAUAAUUCUUAAUUGAAAUCUGAGCCAGAGAAUAACCCAACCAGCCUCUCCAAUCUCAAUCCACUUCCAUUUAAACAAAACUUAGCAGCCAAUGCAAUGGUGGUCCUCUAACGACACAAAGAGAGGGUUCUGCAGUCCUCAUCCUCUUUCAUUGGUAGCAGGACAGGAAUAUAGGCUGUGAUGGCCUUUUGUUACAGUUUCCCAUUUGGGGACAGCGGGGGAGUUUAUUUUCUGCACCAUCUGAACCUGAGCCAGGCAAGAGAUGAUAGGAGUAUCAUUAAGUCUUCAAGUCUAUUGGGAAGGUAGGGAACCUCUGGACUUGGGAGCUGCUGGUUUGCAAGAUAUUUCUUCUUCUUCUUGCAUUAAGCACUACAUAGCUAAAGGGUCAGAUAUUAAGAGAUUACUCUAAUGGUUUUUAAUUAAAACUCAUUGUCAAUUUAGUUGGUUUCAGAUUUGCAUCAUGCUAACCUAAGGGCAAGUUGCAACAUCUUGCAGUGCAGCUUAAGAUGAUCGCCCCAUCCUGAAGACUGAUGGCCAAUUAAAUUAGGGUUGUUCACUUAGAAGGGAAACUCAUUGUUUUCAGCAGGGCUUGCUUUUGAGUAAUGACGCUUUGUUCGGGCUUUGAGCAGCCAACUCCCUUGAUUUUCUUUCCAAAGUGUUCCAUCCCUGCUUCCCACACAAAUUUCCCUGUGAUCAUAACUACCACCUGAAAAGGUCUUCUUCAUCAAUCCUUUUCCAAAACAAAUGACUAAAUAAUGAAACCUGGACAAAUCCACUCCCAUGGCACUAAUUCAGAAGAUAUUUCAUCUGAUCCCAGUUCAAGAACCACGAAACACAGGGACUUUGUCUAAUGAACUUCUUUUCUGGAUUAUCAGACCAAAAGUCUGUCAGUUCCCUGAAGACAUAAGAAAAGCCUGCUGGAUCAGGCCAGUGGCCCAUCUAGUCCAUCACCCUGUCCACACAGUGGACAACCAGACGCCUGUGGGACCCACAAGUGGGUUUUGAACACAUCACCACUCUCCCCUCCUGUGGUUUCCAGAAACUGAUAUUCAGAUGCAUUAUUCCCUCUGACCAUGAAGGCAGAGCAAACACAUCAUGAUUAGUAGCCAUUGGUAACCUUAUCCUCUAUUAUUUCUUCCCAUCCACUUUUAAAGCCUUCCAAGUUGGUGGCCAUCAUGGUGUCCCGCAGAAGCGACCUCCAUAGUUUUAACUAUUUGCUGUGUGAAGAAGUAUUUUCUACUAACACUUAGCUUCAUUGGAUAGUCCUGAGUUUUACUGUUAUGAGAAAGGGACAGAAGCUCUGUCUUAUCCACUUUCUCCAUGCCACGUAUAAUUUUAUAAAUUUCCAUCAUGUCACCUCUUAGUUACCUUUUCUCUAAACUAAGAGGUCUCAAAUGCUAGAACCUGUCCUCAAAGGACAAAGCUGUCCUUCACCCCCUGGAUCAUUUUGCUUGCACUUUCAAAAAGCUUCUCCAGCUCUACAAAUAUCCCUUUUGAUAUGUACACUAUCCUUCCUGAGCUGAGGUGGCCAGAACAGCAUAGAUUUGUAUAACCUUCUGGAUUAUCAGGCCAAAGGUCCACCAGACCCAACGUCCUGUUUCCCACAGUUGGCCAAACAGAAGCCCCCAAGAAGGGCAUGGGCAUUAUAGUCUUCACAGGCUGCUGUCUGCCAAUGACAGUUGCACUUUUAGAUACUGCCAUGAAGCAUUAAGGUCUAAAGCAAUGUUCAUCAGUCCACUGAUGUUGUUGGACAACUCCCAUCAUUCUUGACCAUUUGCCAAACCAGUUGGAGAUGAUGUGAGCUGUGGCCCAAGAACCUCUGGGGACUGAAGGUUAAAGAACCCUGUUCCAAAGUGACUUCAUGACCAACAUGUUAGACUGCUCCUAAUUUCCUUAAUAUGUGACCUGAGUAAACUAUGCCAGUUGGGCAAUUGGCAGGUAAUUGCUUCUACAAUAGAAUGUAUUCUAGUUGCUGGGUAUCAUAAAUGGGCAGAGUGCUGUUGCAGUGGUUGUGGGCCACUGUGAGAACAGGAGGUUGGUUUAAAUGGGCCUUUGGCUUGAUCCAGCAGUCAGGUUCUUAUUUAUUUUUUAUCGGUAACAAUGAGGGGCUCUUGCAUUCAUGCCCUGCUCAUGGGCAUCCUGGAGGAAUUUAAUUGGCCACUGUGAGAACAGGAUGUUGGGUUAGAUGGUCUUUAGGGUUCUUCUGAUGUUCUUACAAAUGUCACCUUCCAGCAGCCCAUGCAGCCAGCAGAGUCAGGGCUUAUGGGAGUUGCAAUCUAGAACCAUUGAAUUAAGGGAGGAGAAGGAUAUCAAUGGCUUCUAGCCACAAUGACUGUGUUUACUCUCCACUGCCAAAGGCACAAUGUCACUGAAUACCAGUUUAUGGGAACUACAAGUGGGGAGAGUGGCUACUUGUGGGCUUUCUGUAGGCAUCCGGUUGGCUAAUGUGAAAAGAGGACUCAAUGGGUUAUUGGACUAAUCCAGCUGUGGGACGCUUCUGUUCAUGGACACCUUUGUGAGCUGCAGCAGAGGGCAUGACUUUAUCAACCUCUCUAUUAAUCUGUAGGGAUUUGGAACGAGUUUGUUGAAUUAAAUGUUGCAUACCACAUUGAUCUCUCGUUGUGCUCUUUCAGAAACAGCUCUCACCCUGCAAAGAUGUCCGUCGGAGGCGGUGGAAACAUGUGCUAUGCCAGCUGUCCUGCAUCCACAGUGACUAUACAGCCACCACCCUUCGUCCUAAAUAUCCCAGGACCAGCGCUCUACUGCCCUGACCAAAACUUUGGCAUUGAGCAAUACAACCCAUGCGCAGGCUAUGGCGGUGGAUAUGGAGGCAGCGGAGGAAUGGGGGGACGUGCUAUUGGUAGCGGAAGCAGCAUGGGCAUAGGUGGUGGUAUGGGUGGAGGAGGAGGUUAUGGAGGCCUUGGUGGUGCAGGUGGUUAUGGGGGUGGAAGUAUGGGAGGCCGUGGGCUUGGUGGUUUAGGUGCAGGUGGCAGUCUGGGCAGUGGAGGAGGUUAUGG